CAGGAAGGGAAUACAAGACAGGGGAAGAGAGUUACACUUGGUUGUUUAAGGGUGACAAGAGCUGGAAAUAUAAAAAUGAGGGUGGAGCACUGAAAUUGGUGACCGGGUAUCCAAGAUAUACCUACGUAGACUGGGGAUUACUGGGUAUAAGAGACAGGAGGUCAUCGGAGGGCAUAGAUUCUGCCUUUAUGUGGGGGAAUUCUGGCAAUGUUUAUUUCACAAGAGGUAACCAGUAUUGGAAGUAUAGCGGUGUAAUGAGAAGGAUGCUCAAUGGUUACCCAAAGUCAACCAGUAGGAUCAGCAUACUUAGACGAGCUGGAAUCACUGAGAUUGAUGCCGCCUUCCGAUGGGUCAACAAUAAAAUGUAUUUCUUCAAGGAUGGGCAGUACCACAGGUACGAACGAGGAAAUAGGAAUCUGGUUGGACCCAAGGACACUGGGAAAUUUUGGUUUGGAUGUCCUGAUGAGUAAAUGGUGAAAUCCAACUGCAAGGACAAAAUUUACGUUUGAAAAGUUGAAGCAUAAUCAGUGACAUUCAUGAGCUAGCUAUGACAAACAAUACAGUAUAUGACAAUAUUCAGUAUUCACAAAAUGGUCAUAUAUUGAACAACUCAAAACACACAAAUUAGUUCGCUCUUGCUAUUUCAGUUUGCGUGAUUGUACACCAAGGAACAAUUCAAUGACUUAUUACAUGGUGAGACACCUUGCUAACAGCUAUAUCAGUGGACUAUUACAUUAUAUGAACAUGUGUGCAUCCAGUAUUUGAAUAAAUUGUUUAGGACUAUUUCACUUAAGAUAAGGGAGUUGCUUUACAGCUGAACGAAUAGAUGGCACAACUUGUUUUGAUUUGUUUUGGUUGGGCCAUAGGCUUCAAUGUUAAAAACGUGUAUAGUCACUUAAUCUUUUAAUUUAUCAAAAAAUAUUGUUUGAAUCUGUCUAAAAGUCGAAUAGCAUACUAUGGGAUGACCCUGUUGAUGUACAUUGUAAUAAUCAUGAAAUAUUUGGUUGUCUAACGAAUAAACCAACGUUUAAAAUAAUUUUAACAUGGCAUCAAUGGAUAUAUGGCCCACGUUUUCUUUAAAAAGUUGGAAAGCUCAUUGGAAUUUCAUAACUGAAUAAAUCAAAGGUAUUUUUGUUGAAA